UCGAACCCGUAAACGACAGGGCGUGGUGCGUUGGACUCGAGCCGUGAAUCGCACUCGUCGUGAGGGGUGUCGCCACGCACAGAUCGCUCCACCGGCGCUGGCGGCGCGCAUUCCAUUCGCUCUUCCCCGCCAGGUAUUGGGCACACACUCGGGUAGCUAGCGAGUGCCAGGGGCGCGGCGCGAUUGGUUCGCGCAGGCCGAGCGAUGGAUGCUAGCCACACCGCGGUGCAUCCGUUUGGGAUAUAUCCUGGCGGGGGUGCCAAUCUUCCACAGCACCGGAUGAGGAUUAAGGAGCUCCAGGGCAUGCCCGGCACUGUUGGAGGACUCGCAUUGCGCGUCGGCCAAGUUGGAUUCGCCGCCUGCGCCUUCAGCGUCAUGAUCCGCGUCAAGGAUUUCUCCACCAUCACCGCCUUCUGCUAUCUCGUCGCUUCCAUGGUUCUACAGUUCGUGUGGAGUUUAACGCUCGCUCUCGUGGAUCUCUCCGUCCUGCUCAAGCGCACCAGCCUGCGAAACUCCGUGUUUCUCAGCCUUUGCGUGGUCGGCGACUGGAUUACUGCGACUCUAACUUUCGCUGCUGCCUGUGCAUCGUCUGGAAUCGCAGUUCUCAUCGAUCGAGACCUCAAAGCUUGCGGGAAUCAGUGCGCCAAGUACGAGACUGCCGCUGCCAUGACGUUCCUCACUUGGCUCAUGGUCUCGCCAUCGUUCUUCUUCGCGUUUUGGCUUCUGGCUACCCGGUAAACGAGAAGAAAAAAAAGAAACGAAAAAAGAGAAAGCUCUCACUCUCUCUUGACUUUCGAGCUUCGUUUUGGCUUUUUUUUUUGGUUUUGUUCUUUGAUGUACAUGCUAAAAUCAUCCUCCGAUUCGAUCGGCCGCGAGUUUUUUUGCUCGGCUGGUGCAAAGAAUCGAAGUUUACUUUCUCUCUUUCCAUGAAACAAAAAAAAUGGAGAUCAUGACCACCA